AUGAAAUCACCUGUUGACAACAGGAUUGAUGUUGUCGACCUGGGACAUGAUAGUGCUUCUCCAACCCUGGCCCUGCUCGUGGUGGAUCCUCAAUCACGUUUCUCAAUGGAAUGCUGUAUCGAUCGUAUGAAUGGCUUUGACGGAAACGUUGAACAGGGUGGCGCACUGGACAUUUACAACAUUGAAGCCACAUCCUGGUCCACGAUACCCUACAUCCCGGAUGGAAUUCAGGGCCCAGAAGCAAGGACCCUUCUAUCAUCAUCCAUACAAGACAAGUCGUAUUUACUCAACAUGUUUGGGGAAAGAGAUCCUAGCUCACUGGGUCCUUGGAGAGAAUGA